AUGGAGCCACCUCUAACUGCCCCAUUCUUCAACUUCAACACAAGGACGAACGAUCCGGAUUAUGCCGAUAUUUCUGCGCGUUUUUGGAGCUUGAAAGUUUUACUGGAGACUGCUUCACGAGAUGGACUCCACGUUGUCAAAAGCUUCAUAACGAUAAACCACGAGGACGUCAUAUUCCAUACAUCAAAAGGUUCCACGGUGGCGGUGCCAGUGUCGUGCGCGGCCUCGUUUCCCAUGGACCUGCGGCUAGCGGGGGAGCGGGGGAUGCGUUCGGGCUCCGACACCGCACUCCUCACGCCGCUGCACCCGCCUCUGCUGCUCAGCCCGUUCUCCCACCCACCCCGGGCCUCCUUCUCCCACCAGCAAUUGCACCAUCACAUCCGGUUUAACAUGGAGCAGAGGAGGCGGGAGCAGGAGCAGCACGAGAAGCAGCAGGAGCUACAGCAGCUCAAGCACAAGGACAAGAGUCAACAAAGCGCAGUCGCCAGCUCCUUGGUUAAACAGAAGCUUCAGGAGGUGAUCUUGAAGAAGCAAAAGGAGAAGUCAAAUACCAACCCUUUGUCCACUCCUGCCGUUCCCUAUAGAAAUCUGGCCCCCGAUCCCAGUGUCUCCUCUUCCCCACUGGCCUUGUCACCGUCUCAGUCUGUGUCCGAGGCUUCUGAGGGGACGCCACUCCGCAGAGCAGCUUCAGAACCCAAUCUGAAGGUAAAGUUGAAGAAACACUUGAACUCCCGGAAGAGCCCUUUGACGCGAAAAGAGAGCGCACCCUCAGCUGUUAAAACGCUGGACUCUUCUCCCAGCAGCAGCAGCACUCCAGUCUCCGGCUGUAGUUCUCCCAAUGACAGUCUCCCCAAUGAAAACGGACUGCUGCCCUCUACUGGCCUUUCACAUGAGGCUCAGAAGCUUCUGCUCAGAGACGGCUCUAUGGCCAACUUCACGGUUCACAGUUCUGGUUCUCAGCCCACUAUCACACUGGGACUUCCAGCUAAUGCACGGGCUGAUGGGGACCUCUCCUCGCUGAAGGUGGGCAGGAUGCCUCUGGUCACUGCGGGAGGCUCUCCGGUCUUUCUCCCCCUGAGCAGAGAGGACCAGAGUGGGCAGUUUAACCCUCACCCUCUGCCUGUUAUCAUUCUAGAGCCUUCCGGUCUGAUGCACUCUCCACUGCUCUCUGUUCCAGGUUUAGAUGGGGUCCCGCUGCACUUCUCCUCACAGUUGGAUCGUCUGUCUCCAGGGGGCGCUGCUCCUCACAAACCGCUGGGCAGAACUCGCUCUGAGCCACUGCCUCCCAGCCCUCGAGCACUGCACUUACACCUCCUGCAGCAGCAGCACAACACACAGCUGCUGGAGAGGCUCAAGCAGCAGACGCCCCUGGGCAAGCUCAUGUCCAAGUCCAUUGAGAAGCCACGACUGCACCAGAUCCCCUCGGAGGAGAUGGACUCAGAAGAUGGGGAAGGCUCUUCACCUUCAGAAUCCCCCUAUCAGAGCAGAGUGCUGGCAGAGUCGCUGAGGGAGACAGAGUCAAAGACCCAUGAAGAGCAGAUGAACCUGCAACAUGCCCUCAUUCUCAACCAGUCCUUGCUGUGGGAGCAGCAGAAAGAGUUGCAGCAGCUUCAGCAUCACAUGAAGACUCUGACUGUGCCUGUGUUACGAGCAGGAGGCGGCGUUGUCCAUCCGCCCCUGUCUCGCACACAGUCCUCCCCAGCGUCCACAUCACUGACCCUGCCUGAGAAAACCCUGAGUUUGCCCGGUCAGGAGGUCAGCUGCAAGCUGCGCUUUACAACUGGUCUGGUGUAUGAUAAUUGCAUGCUGAAGCACCAGUGCACCUGUGGAGAUAACAGUAAUCACCCAGAGCAUGCUGGGAGAAUCCAGAGCAUCUGGUCCCGCCUCCAGGAGAGAGGGCUCAAAGGCCAGUGUGAGCAUAUUCAUGGGCGAAAGGCGACACUGGAGGAGUUGCAGUCCGUUCACUCAGAGAAGCAUGUGCUGCUGUACGGCACCAACCCACUCAACAGACUCAAACUGGACAACCGCAAGUUGGCUGGCAUCCUCUCUCAAAGAACGUUGGUGAUGUUGCCGUGUGGCGGCGUCGGGGUUGAUAAUGACACCAUUUGGAACGAGGUGCACACAUCCACAGCGUCACGGACGGCGGCGGGGAGCGUGGUGGAGCUGGCUCUCAAAGUGGCCAAAGGAGAACUCAAGAAUGGCUUUGCUGUGGUCAGACCACCAGGGCACCACGCGGACCCCUCCAAUCCCAUGGGGUUUUGUUACUUCAACUCGGUGGCGAUUGCAGCCAAGCAGCUUCAGCAUAAACUUAGCGUCAGCAAGGUCCUCAUCGUUGACUGGGAUGUCCACCAUGGAAACGGUACCCAGGAAGUGUUCUACAGUGACCCCAACGUCCUGUACAUAUCAUUACAUCGUUAUGACGGCGGCAACUUCUUCCCUGGAAGUGGCUCCCCUGCAGAAGUUGGAUCAGGCUCUGGGGAAGGCUUCAACGUCAACAUUGCUUUCACUGGAGGACUGGAGCCACCCAUGGGAGAUGCAGAGUAUCUUGCAGCAUUCAGAACUGUGGUGAUGCCCAUUGCUCAGGAGUUCUCCCCAGAUGUGGUGCUGGUCUCGUCCGGCUUCGACGCUGCUGAGGGUAACCCCGAUCCGCUGGGAGGCUACAAAGUCUCUGCCAAAUGCUUCGGAUUCCUGACCCGGCAGCUCAUGACGCUGGCAGGGGGUCGGCUGGUGCUGGCCCUUGAAGGAGGUCACGAUCUCACCGCCAUCUGCGACGCUUCGGAGGCCUGUGUGGGAUCUCUGCUGGGGCUGCAGGAGCCGCUACCAGACGACGUGGUGAUGCAGAAACCCAACGCCAACGCAGUGCGCUCCCUACAGACCAUCAUACAAAUACAAAGUCAAUACUGGCAGAGCUUGAAGGCCUCUAGCGGGUCGGUGUCUCUGUCAUAUCUGUGCGCCCAGAGACGAGACUGCGAGGAGACGGACGCGGUCAAAGCACUCGCCUCUCUGUCCGUGGGGGUGCUGUCCAAUAAGACCCUCUCCGACGAGCCAAUGGAAGACGACAGCGAAUCCAUGUAG